GCAUCCCACACUCGACUAAUUUUCUCCAUCGUUUAUUUAAUUCAGUCACGAAAAUGCGGAAUUUACCUGAACUGGCUGUAUCAGAACUAGUUACAAAGCCAAUGCCCUUGCAGGAAUUAAGAAAGUGGGACAUAUUUAACACUAUCGACGACAACUUGUUGCUAAAUAUUCGUCUCGCCCAUGUCCACGGAACGUUUGGAUUUUUAAUAAGUACGGUGGACACUGCAUACGUAAUAGGCACCGGGACUGAUGGAUGUCUUGGAAUCGGCCACAUCACAUCAGCGCUUUCACCUGUCAAAAUUGACGUACUGACUGGACAAUUAGUUAAAGAAUUCGUUAUCAGUGUGGAAGAGAGUUGUUUUGCACUAACAGAAGAUGGACGAGUUUUCGCUUGGGGCUUCAAUUCGAGUGGCCAACUCGGAAUAGGAAAUACUGCAACAAUUACAACUCCUCAAUUAAUUCAUGUCACUGGAGGCGUCAAAAUUUCUCAACUCGCGGCAGGAUACACUCACACGCUAGCUCUAGCAAUGCACACUGGACAGGUUUUUGCAUGGGGUUGGAAUGGAUAUGGCCAACUUGGCCAGGAAAAUUUCAACGAUCGAAAUGAACCUGGGAAUGUUGAGUUAAACCCUGAUAUCAAAAUUAAGCAAAUUUCUUGCAGCGGUGACGGCUCGUUCGCUCUAACCCAAUGUGGGGAAUUGUACUCGUGGGGACAUAAUAUUGGAGAAUUAGGGAUUGGCAUCUCCACCCCGACCUACAUACCAACCAAAGUUAUCUUUCACAAACCGAUAAAAAAGGUUUCCAAUGGGGCGAAUCACACCCUUGUUCUCACCACAUCUGGGGAGCUGUAUGCAUGCGGUCGUAAUGCGGAAGGACAAUUGGGCAUGGGAAAAACAACAGAUGUGAAUGUGCUGACCAGGGUGGCAGCAGAUUUAGGAAUUAUUGAUGACAUAUCUAGCAUACCGUGGAUGCAUCAAAGUUCAGCAAAAUCAAUGGACAAAACUUUCGUUUGGGGCGAAAUUAAUGAAGGACUGAACUAUUAUAGUCCGACAGAGUUCAAGUUGUUUAAUAUGUCACGCUCUACUUCCUUUCUUAAGGAGGAGGGACAAUUUAUGCAUAAAUCGAUGUGUGGGUCAAACCGUACGUAAAGUGGGCUGACCACUGGAAACUGCUAU